GUGAAUAGCCAACCGGAAGUAGCUGGAAUCGCCCUCAGCCUGAGCGACUGACAGGAUCCUGAGGUUCAGAGACGAGGCAGCCAUGGAGUUGGGCGAGCUGCUGUACAACAAGUCCGAGUACAUCGAGACGGCAUCUGGGAACAAAGUUAGUCGCCAGUCUGUUUUGUGUGGAAGCCAGAACAUCGUUCUCAAUGGCAAGACCAUUAUAAUGAAUGACUGUAUUAUCCGAGGAGACCUGGCAAAUGUAAGAGUUGGACGUCACUGUGUUGUGAAAAGCCGUAGUGUCAUAAGGCCACCGUUCAAAAAAUUCAGCAAAGGUGUUGCAUUCUUUCCUCUGCAUAUUGGGGAUCAUGUCUUUAUUGAGGAAGACUGUGUGGUCAACGCUGCCCAGAUUGGUUCUUAUGUUCACGUUGGGAAGAACUGUGUGAUUGGGCGCCGUUGUGUCUUGAAAGACUGCUGCAAAAUUCUUGAUAAUACAGUGUUACCUCCAGAAACUGUGGUCCCCCCAUUCACUGUCUUCUCCGGCUGCCCAGGACUCUUCUCAGGAGAGCUUCCAGAGUGCACACAGGAGCUGAUGAUUGAUGUCACCAAAAGCUACUACCAGAAGUUUCUACCCCUAACUCAAGUUUAAUGUCUCUGCUUCAUAUCUUUAAUUCUUUUGAACUCUAAGAUGAACCUGGAGAUAAAAAGAGCAGUCAGUGACUACAAGAGCUGUCCUGUUUUUGACAACUUCUACUCUCCUCGUUGUUUUUUUUUUUUUUUAAUUUAGAAUUUUUCAGUCUUCCAUGGCUCUGAGCAUUUAAGAAUUUAAUAAGAAGACUGGAGAGAUGGCUCAGUGGUUAAGCAUGCUGUUUGCUCUUCCAGAGGACCUAGGUUCAGUUCCCAGCAUUCAAAUGGCCCUACAGCCAUCUGUAACUCCAGUUCCAGAGGAUCUGAUGGGUUUCUGGCUUCGAUGAUCACCAGACAUACACAUGGUAAAGACAUAUAUGCAGCCAAAAUAUCCCUUCACAUAAAAUAAUGAACUUUUAAAAAAGAAUUUGAAUAAGAACAUCUGGAACAGUUUUCUUUACACACUGUGCUUACACCUAUUUUGUCAACAGUCACCAUAGCAUCGUCUGAGGAGGACAGAAAGGUCUGUUCCUGACACUCUGGUUCUGCAGAUGGCUGGAACCUGUCUGGCGCAGGCCUGCAGAGCUAUAGCGCCCUCCCAGUAUGGGGUCACGUGGCCCAAGUACUGCUCAUAAACCUGUCCUAUCCCCAGGGCACACCGUCUACACAGAUGACACUCUGCUUUCCUGCUGCUAAUAUGGGACCAAUAACCACAAUUUCUUGUACCCUGGGGACAGUAUGAUUUCAGAGCCCAGGUUCCUAUUGGUGGUUAGAACAUGAGGAAGAGCUGGGCGGUGGUGGCGCACGCCUGUAAUCCCAGCACUCUGGGAAGCAGAGACAGGCAGAUCUCUCUGAGUUCGAGGCCAGCCUGGUCUACAGAGUGAGUUCCAGGACAGCCAGGGCUACACAGAGAAACCCUGUCUCGGAAAAAAAACAAAUCCAAAAAAACAAACAAACAAAAAAAAAGGAACAUGAGGAAGAGACAGGCCCUGGUGAUUUGUACCCAUCCUAGAACCUGGGAGGUAGAGGCGGGAGGAGUAAGAGCCACAUAGUGAGCUCACCCUUGCCUGGUGUGCACAUGAGCCCCUGCUUCAAAACAGCAAAAGUAAGGUCAGGAAGAGAAAAAAUGGGGAGCAGAGGGUGUCUGUGGUUGUUUCAAGGUGGCUUUAGUUGUCCUGAAGUAGGUAAUAAAAGACUUAAAACA